CGCCGUCUUUCAUUAUAAAUACCCAGCCGCCCACUCUUUCUCUCUCUCUCUCAUCUCAACACUCGCUCUCUCUUUACAUUCCCUUAGUUCACCGCUGGACGGCUGCUCUCUACGGACUUACUUAUUCCUCCUCCACCCCACACACAUACUCCACACCCAAAAUGCUCGCCAAGUCGCUCAUCUUUGCCACGCUCGCCGCGCUCGCCAUCGCCGCUCCCACCCCCGCGCCCUACGGCCGUCACCGCCAGGGCAGCCACCGCAACCACCAGUGGGGCAACCACGGCAGCAAGUGGAACAGCAACAACAACAACAACGGCUCGGGCUCGUCCGACUCGUCCAGCUCGGACUCGUCGAACGACUGGUCGCCCUCGACCUCGGACUCGGGCAACUCGAGCAACGACUCGUCGUCCAACGACUGGUCGCAGUCGCAGACCACCACCUCGGCCGACGCGCAGUCCACCUCUUCCGGCUCGUCCGGCCAGGUCGACAGCGGCUCGGCCGUCUCCGGCGGCUUCUCCGCCAUCGCGUCGUACUACGACAUCACGAACCCGUCGGAGAACGAGGGUCAGAGCUCCGGCUCGGUCGCCUGCUCGGGCGCCAAGUACGCCAACACCGACGCCAUCGUCGCCAUCGCGUCGCAGCAGUACAACGGCGGCGCGGUGUGCGGCAAGCGCGUCCGCAUCACCGACACCAAGACGGGCAACACGGCCGAGGCCACCAUCGUCGACGAGUGCAUGAGCUGCUCGGACAACCAGCUCGACCUCACCCCGUCGCUCUGGAGCCAGCUCCACGGCCAGAGCACCGACAACAACAACAACGACGGCGUCUUCGACAUCAAGUGGGAGUACAUCUAAGCUCCUGUUGAUCAACACUGGGCAGGACCCCAUAC